AGUCAAUUCCCCAUCAGCCACGUUUAUCCAAAGCUUAAACCCCGACUUCUUCUACACGAAGAAAAUAAAUCGGGUCUCGGUUGUUAGGCACAAAGAAAAGAAGAAAAACGUACCGUCAACCAUAACCACAACCAUAAAUAACCAACCAAACGCAUAGUCUCGUGGGGUCUUGAGACCGAGGCCGGCACCCGGCACAGACGACAGGUAGCACAACCCCCCUCCGAUCUCCGAUAUCACUCCGACGCAUACCUUCAACAACGCGCCUGUGCUUUCUUCCCUGCGCAUCGAGAUCGGAUUCUUCUACAAGAUAGGAGCAACAGGCGUAGAACCGCACUCUUCUGGCCUUCAACUGCCAGGAGUCUGCGUGCCACAAUGAACGCCCAGGUCUCGUUCCUCGACGGUAACUACACCCUCAUCCACAUUCCGCUCGACCUCUACUCGUCACUGCUGCAGCCCAUCCUCCGAGUCCUUCUCCCGCAGACCCAGACCCUCAAGGCGUCAAAGGGUGAGCCGGAACAUGAGCUUGAAGGGCUGAACACCGAGGGCCAGCAUGGCUUCCUCAACAUCAGCGUCACCCCCAUGGAGUGCUCCAUCGUCUGCCACAGCUCGUGGGCCAAGAACGUCUUCGAGCCCGCCAUCAAGGACCUUCCGAAAGACCUCGCCAAGUCCGUGUCCAUAUCUAAAGACACCUACCUCGUCCUCUCCGUCAUCAGCGCCGGCAUGGACGCUGCGGGGCGUGUCAUGGAGUUGACCUCUCCGCUGGCCUUGGCCGGCAUUCCCAUCUUCUUCAUCACCACCUACUACUCCGACUUCAUCCUCGUGCCUAGCAAGGACAGGCAAACCGUGGUCAAGGCCCUGUUGGCCCGCGGUUUCGAGCUGGCCGACAACGAUUCCAACUUUGUCAGCCCCGCUGCCUCGAUUCACUCCCGCGGCUCCAGUCAAAACAGCGCGCCCCCGCUGACGCCCCCGCCCUCGACGAUCGCCGAGCUCCAAGUCCGCACCUUCGACCUGCUCAAGAAGAGGAGCGUCUCGCCCUAUGUCGAGGCUGACUUGCUGCUGGUGCAGUGCUCCGGGCGGGAGACCUCCCAGCUUGGAGGCGAGCUGUCCCACACCCAGCGGCCCUCUCUGAGCCGCCAGGUCACGGGCAACAGCCACCGCCAGACUUGGCUGGACAACAUCGACACCAAGCUGUACACCGCCAUGAUCUCCGCCUUGGCGGCGCGACCCCGCUUCAUCUCCAUCACCUUGGCCCAGGACGACCCCCCGUCGCUGUUGGUGGACAAGUCGCUGCUCGGCCUCUUCGGCGAGUCUCUCGUGGGCGAUACCAAGACGAACCUCACCCCAAUCUUUUUGGAUCUCGAAAGCCUCCCGCUCGAGGCCACCGGUAUCGUUUGUGGCGUGGCCGGCACCCUGGUGCAGGACAUGCGUACCGGGGACAGCGCAGGCCUUUCCUAUCUCUCCACCGCCAGAGCCGGCGCCGUCAUCCUUUCCUGCGAACAGUCGAUUCGCGCCCUCGAGAUCCUCACGCCCAAGCUGUUCAAGGCCUGAGGCCAUGUGCAUACACCACCAUGACAGAAAACUGCAUCGCUGAUGAGGCGCACCCGCGGAGAAAGGCCGCCCUGGGAGGGGGGUGGUGGUGGUGGUCACGAGCUAUCCACGUGUGUAGCAUUAACCAAGUUGGAUGAAGGGACGAUUGUGCCAGCGUGAACUGGUCUAGGCGGUCGGCAAUUGUGUUUUUUCUUGGAAUUUUCUCGGGCAUGCCGGCGUUCCGGGUGACGGCUCUCUGAUGUUAGAUACCAACUUUUGUAUGUCUUGGGAAGAAUGGUCGA